UUCAAACCUUCACCUAUAUCAAAUGAAGCAGCCAAUCACCCUUUAAUAGUAAUCAAUCUAAUUGAGCAGGGAAAAUGGAAUGAAAUCAUGCUACAACAAUUUUUUGAAGAAAACUCAAUCCGGGCUAUAAAGCAAAUUCCCAUCCCUAGAAGAGCAACUCCAGAUACGUUGGUGUGGUUGGGAGAAACGUCAGGAAAUUUUUCAGUGAAAUCUUCCUACUUAACAGAGCACGGUGAUAGAUUUGAUCAGAAGUAUAACCAAGUUCGGAAGAAGUUAUGGGAAAGUAAAUUGCAUGUAAGACUAAAAAUGUUUCUGUGGAGGCUUGCAAAUGGAGAACUACCCCUCAAAACCCGAUUGGCAAAUAGCAUAGGGUGUGAGGAUCUGUCUUGCGUGCUGUGUGGGGAAGCAGAGGAAUCAGAGCUACAUGUGUUCCGUGAUUGUAUAGCAAUUAGAAUGUUGUGGUUUGCCUCUGAGAUUGGUUUGAGAUGGGAUCAUUUUGAGGCUAAUUCUGCUGUGGAGUUGGUACAGAUGAUUUUAAACCCUCCUGAGGAGUUAAUAACUGAAGGUUUAAAUCAAAAUAAGUUCACUUUAAUGGCAGCUGUAAUUUGCUACGAAACAUGGAGGAUGCGAAAGCUGAUGCUUUCUAAAAAUGUAGAGUUUGACCCAAUGGAAUUCCCUUGGAGAAUUAAGUCUGCUAUGGAAAGCUUUUCUCCAAGAAAGGAAAAUGAUGGGCAAUGUAAAGAAAGAGAGAAGGAAGAAGGGUGGUGUCCACCUCCAAGGGGCUGGAUUAAGAUCAAUGUUGAUUCUUCUUGGAGUGAAGGGAAGGCAAGUGUUGCUGGUUUGGCAAGAAACUGUAGAGGUGAAGUUUUGAAGGCAUGGGCUGAACAGGUGGAUGCUGAUUCUGUGGCAAUAGCUGAAUGCUUGGCUAUUGGACUAGCAAUUCAAGCUGCAAUUGAAGAAGGCUAUGAGCAAGUAAAGAUAGAAGGGGAUGCAAAGAUUGUUUUUGAUACCAUCUGCAACAUUGGUCAAUCGAUAUGCUGGGAGCUUCAUCAGUAUGUUGAAAUGAUUAGAAGUGUAGUUAAGGAGAGUGAGACUCCUAAAUUUUGUUUUAACUGGGUUCCUAGGAUUUUGAACAAAAGUGCUGAUGCAUUGGUUAAAUGGGCCUCACGUUCAUUUUUUUCUGGUAGUUUAGUUGCGGAGACUCUCCCAAUUUCUGUUUCUGAUGUUGUUGCUCUUGAGAAGGUCUCUUCUUGUUGUACUGUGUAAUUCUGUUUUGUUGGUUUUAAUGAAUUUUAUUUC